UUUCCGAUCCCCUGUUGGUCGAGAGAGAGAGAUGAGAGAGAGAGAGGGAGAGAGAGAGAAAUGAGAGAAUAGGAGAAUGAGAAGAGGUUGCUCGGUUGAGAAGAGGUCGGGGAGAAAAAGAUACCGCGGGGUUCACAGUCGAGAGGUUGAAGAUGAAGGUGAACAGUGUAUCGAUUUCAGUGGUGGAGAUAAUAAACAGGGAGGUGGUUGCAACGAAGAGAAGAAGAUGAUGGUGGAGAAGAAUAUAGAAAAUGUGUGUGUGUGAGAGAGAGAGAGAAGGGAAGGUUGUUCACUAUUCUGUUUUUUUAUGAGCCAAGAGAAACACUAGAGUUUUUGGGAACACAUCAUGCUCAGAGAUGACCAAUCAAAAAAGAAAAAAUCAUACUCAGAGAUGGAGGGAGGAUUUUCGGAAGGAAUACCAGGAACAAAAUCCAGAUGUCAAGUCAAUGCGUGAUAUUGGCAAGGCAUGUGGGGAGAAGUGGAAAACGAUGACUUAUGAGGAAAUAGUUCAAUACUAUGACAUUGCCACUGAAAAGAGAGCAGAGUUUGAGAAAGCCAUGGCAGAGUAUAUCAAGAGAAAGGAUAAUGGUGAGGAUCAACAAAGCGGGGAGGAUUCGGACUAUGAUGAGUAGUAGAAUUCUUGGUUUGGUAGAAGACAAUUGACCGAGUUUAGAAAUUACAAGAGGGAGGUGUAUAUUAGCAUCAUGGAUCGUCUUUAUAAGGAAAUUAUCUUUGUAUCAAGUUAUCAUGUAAAUUUGAUACCCAGAAAAUUCUAACAUUUGGAAUAAAUGGUAGUCUUUUUAAACGGGCUCCUUUUGUUCUCAACUUUUAUCCAUCCCCUUUUUAACAAGUCAUCCUCUACUUAGACUUUUUAAUUUCAACUAUUUGUAUAAGAUUUAUUUAUUGAAUACAACUUAAUUUCUAGGGAAUGAAAUGAAGAACCAUGAAGAUGCAGAGAUGGACGACUGAUACUUGGACGCUCCAAACCUGCAUACAAAGAGAAAAGUGUAGCUGGCACACAAUAUGGGAUCCGAGACACCUAUCUCCCAAACAAAGUGUAAGAGAGAACUGCUGAAUCUGAUUGGAGCUAGAGGAGCUGAGAGGAUCUUUUCCUUUCUCAGUAAAGAGUGUAUCUCAUGUAUAUGAAGCAAUUGGGAGUGACCCCUUAUAUAGCCUGCUUCUCCAACGUUAAGUUCCCUGUUAUUAGGAACAAACAGUAACCAAAAUAACCAGUUGAGAUAAGUGCUCCUCAACAGUAAAAUUCAUGCUCCAUCAGAUUUGAGACAAGUGUCUCAUGUUGACCAAGG